GAGAGAGGGAACAGAGGAGAGCAGGGGAGGAGAGAGAGAGGCACUGAGCAGGCUGGCAGAUCAGUAAAGCAGACAGUCCUCAGGCAGAACAGCCCGGAGGAGAGAGGAGGAGAGGAGCGGAGGAGAGGAGAGAGAGAGACGUGUCUGGAGUAGCUAAACCAUGUUUGGGCGGCGUGAGAGAUACUCAGCAACCCCAAGAUGAAGACUGAGGAGGAGAGCAACUCUGCAGACCCCCCCACACACAGCCCUUAUCCAUGUCAUCUGUCUGGCUUUCAACUCCUCAUUCUGAUUCUGAUUCUCCCCUCAGGCAGCAGGGUGUUGGGGGUGAACGUGAGCUGCCCCAGCCCCCUGGUGCGGGGCACCCUGGGGGGGGAGGCCCUCCUGUCCGUCAGCUACACCAGCCGCAGCUCCGACUCCCCCGUCAUCAAGUGGCAGCUGCGGCGGGAGCGGGAGAAGCCCGUCACCGUGGUCCAGUCCAUCAGUACCAGCAUCAUCGGCAACCUGCGCCCGGAGUACCGCGACCGGAUCCUGAUGUUCGACAACGGCUCCCUGCUGCUCCACAGCCUGCAGAUGUCAGACGAGGGGGCGUACGAGGUGGAGAUCUCCAUCACCGACGACACCUUCACCGGGGGGAAGAACAUCAAUCUCACCGUCGAUGUCCCAGUCACCAGACCCUACAUCCAGAUGUUGGCUUCCUCGGUCCUGGAGCUCAGCGAGCUCUUCCAUCUUCACUGUUCCCAUGACAAUGGCACCAAGCCCACGUACAGUUGGCAGAAGGGGGGCCAGGUUCUGGCCAAUGACUCGCGGUUACAGCUGUCACAUGAUCAGAAGGUGCUGACCAUCUUGCGCGUGGUGAUGUCGGACGAUGACGUGUACAGCUGUGUCGUGGACAACCCCAUCAGCAGCAUGAGGAGCCUGCCUGUCAAACUCACCGUCUACAGUAGGUAGCGCCAGAGUACAGACACACACACACCAGUGGGCCGGUUCAUCUCACAGAGAACAGAUUGGAGUUUAAAUACAUCACACUGCUUGAUUACAUUCCCUUUGUUUCCAUGCCGGACUUCUUCUGGGUUUGUUGGAGAUACUGAUCUCAGAGCUUCAGAUUAGACUUCCUCUCUUGGACGUAGGGAAGAGAGGGUUGUUGGGAUGGAAAGAGAGGAGCCCAGUGUGUGGGAGCCUGCUGCCUGUAGGAAGGAACAGGAAGUCUUCAGAGAGCUACUGAAGGUCUUCCUGUGGGCAAUCACUAAUCCUCCCUAAAUUACUGCUUAGCCAUGACCAUCCAGCUGCUGUGCACACCAGCCAGU